AUGGCUAGCUUCAAAAGAUGUUCAAGCAAUUACAUAUACAUACUAAUAAAUUUUAUUUCUUCUAUAGAUGGACGUCAUGAAGCAAUUCACUUCGACAAAAUUUCGCAUCGGAUUGAAAAGCUGUGCUAUGGACUCAAUCCUGAUCAUGUCGACUAUAUCGAGGUUUCGAAGAAGGUGAUUAUGGGACUUUAUAAAGGCGUAUCAACCGCCGAAUUGGAUAAUCUUGCGGCAGAAACAGCUGCUGAUAUGACAACAAUUCAUCCGGAUUAUGCAAUUCUUGCUGCGCGGAUAGCCAUUUCAAAUUUACAUAAAAAUACAGAAAAGAUCUUUUCACAAGUCGCUUCCAAUCUUUAUCAUGCAAAAAAUGUUCGAACUGGUCGAAAUUCUCCAAUGAUAAGUGAAGAAAUUUAUAACAUCAUUAUGCAGAAUGCUAAUAUAUUGGAUUCGGCGAUAGUACAUGAUCGCGACUUUUCUUUCACAUAUUUUGGGUUUAAAACGCUUGAGAGAUCUUACCUUUUGAGAAAUGAAUCCGGCAUUAUAGAACGUCCACAGCACAUGUUUAUGCGAGUAGCGGUCGGUAUUCAUAAAGACGAUAUCGAUUCAGUCAUUGAGACUUAUGAUCUUAUGUCGCAAAGGUGGUUUAUUCAUGCCACUCCAACUCUUUUUAAUAGUGGCACAUGCAAACCACAAAUGAGUUCUUGUUUUUUGCUUACGAUGUCAGAUGAUAGCAUAGAAGGAAUCUAUGAGACACUGAAAAAAUGUGCUCUUAUAUCGAAAAGCGCUGGAGGAAUCGGCUUAAAUGUACAUUGUAUCCGUGCAACUGGAGCGAGCAUUGCAGGUACAAAUGGAGUAUCAAAUGGAUUGGUUCCAAUGUUAAGAGUUUUUGAUGCUACUGCCAGAUAUGUGGACCAAGGUGGAAACAAACGACCUGGAGCUUUUGCAAUAUAUUUGGAACCAUGGCAUGCCGAUAUUUUUGAAUAUCUAGAUUUAAGAAAAAAUUUCGGCGAUGAAUUGGAGCGUUGUCGAGAUCUCUUUUUUGGUUUAUGGGUUCCCGAUCUUUUCAUGAACCGAGUAAACAGUGAUAGUGAUUGGUCACUGAUGUGUCCUUCUGAAUCUCCCGGACUUGAAGAUUGUUGGGGAGAGGAAUUUGAAAAACUUUAUACUCAGUAUGAAGAAGAAGGGCGAUAUAGGAAAAAAAUUAAGGCAAGGAAAUUGUGGGAAGCUAUUGUCUCAUCGCAAAUAGAAACUGGAGUUCCAUAUAUGGUUUACAAGGAUAGUUGUAAUCGUAAAAGCAAUCAGCAGAAUUUGGGAACCAUAAAGUGCUCAAAUUUAUGCACAGAAGUAGUUGAAUAUUCUUCCAAAGAUGAAAUAGCUGUUUGUAACUUGGCAUCCAUAGCAUUGAAUCGCUUUGUCACGAAUGAAAAGACUUUCGAUUUCGAGAAACUUCACCAGGUCACGAAGGUUAUAACGAAAAAUCUAAAUAAAGUUAUUGAUGGUAAUUUUUAUCCAGUACCGGAAGCUAAAAGAUCUAAUAAACGCCAUAGACCAAUUGGUAUUGGAGUGCAAGGACUUGCUGAUGCAUUUAUACUUAUGAGAUAUCCUUUCAUCAGUGAGGAAGCCCGAAAAUUGAACAAACAAAUUUUUGAAACAAUAUAUCAUGCUGCACUUGAAGCUUCAUGUGAGCUUGCUGAAAGAUGUGGAACAUAUGAAACAUAUGAAGGCUCUCCAGUUAGCAAAGGAAUUUUGCAACACGAUAUGUGGGGUGUAACAACCACUGAUUUAUGGGAUUGGUCGGAACUUCGUAUGAAAAUUGCUAAGCAUGGUCUUCGUAACAGCUUAUUAUUAGCGCCAAUGCCAACUGCUUCUACAGCUCAAAUACUUGGAAAUAACGAAAGUGUUGAGCCUUACACGAGUAACGUUUACACUCGAAAUGUUCUUUCGGGCAGUUUCCAAGUUUUUAAUCCACAUUUAUUGAAAGACUUGGUAGAGCUCGGACUUUGGGAUGAUGAAAUGCGGCUAGAGAUAGUCGCAAAAAAAGGUUCGAUACAGAAUAUUCAUCGUAUUCCCCAAGAAAUCCGUGAACUGUACAAAACGGUUUGGGAAAUGAGUCAGCGAGAUAUAAUCGAUAUGGCAAGUGAACGUGGAGCCUUUAUUGAUCAAUCCCAAUCACUUAACAUAUUCAUCGCGAAACCUAAUUACAGAAAUAUAACGAGUAUGCAUUUCUAUGGAUGGCAUCGGGGUUUGAAGACUGGUAUGUACUAUUUGAGAACCCGUCCAGCUGUCGAUGCUGUACAAUUCACAGUGGAUAAAACUCUGCUUAAAGAAAAAAAUAUUAGCAAGGAACAAUUUGAAAGCUGUCCUCUUAAUAAUACCGACGAUUGUUUAAUGUGUGGUAGUUGA